AUGACUUCACAUCAAGAUUCUUAUAAUUUGAUAUCAACUUCUCCUGAAGAAGAAGAGUUCGAAGUCAUCACUCCAUAUUACUCGUAUCGUACUGAUAAAACUAUUCAGAGGCAUGAACCUCAUUUUUGGGCUCAACGUAAGCAAUCAAAUCCAAAACUUCAAUCUUCGGGAAUUGAAACUCAAAGCAGUCAAGAACAACCAAUACCUGGUAUUAUUAAUAACGCAGAUGUAUCCCAAUUACAAGGGGAAGAAAUUCUCGAUGUGGAAAUCGAACGUGAACUUGUCACAGUUUGCACCAGCUUUCACAAAUGUCUCGAACUGCGUGACAAGUACAUGAUGUUAUCCCUACAAAGACUAGGUGAUAAUCCGAAAGAUCAACUGGAUUGGGAUAUAUAUCCGAAACCACCACCUCCAACAUGGAAAAAACCGCCUCAAAGCCAGCAUGAAGUGCUUUCUAGUGCUAAUCAUAAUAAAAGAGGAAAUUUGCAAGUUGGCGAUGAUUUUGAUUUUGCCGCAUGCGAGAUUCCAGGGAGUCAUGAGUUCCUUUUCGAAUUAGAUUCUUCUGGGGUUUACCAAGUAUAUAAAACUCGGGAAGCUCUUGAUAGGCAUGAGCCUGCUUAUAAAGUUCCCACCAUUAGAGAAUACUUUGUCGAUCUCGAUGCUAUACUAGAUAUUAUUUCAGAUGGCCCAACAAAGAGUUACGCUUAUAGACGUUUACGAUAUCUGGAAAGUAAAUGGCAUAUGUAUGUGAUAUCUAAAGAGGAUCAAGAAACUGCGGACUCAAAGCGAGUUCCGCAUCGAGAUUUCUAUAAUGUACGCAAGGUUGAUACACACGUUCAUCUUGCAUCCUGCAUGAAUUCCAAACAUCUUUUACGAUUUAUUAAAUCGAAAUUAAAGAGAAACUCGAACGACAAAGUGAUCUUUCGGGAUAAUAAAGUCCUUACACUUAUUGAGGUGUUUGAGAGUUUGGGUUUGACAGCAUAUCAUCUUAGCAUAGAUACCUUGGAUAUGCAUGCACAUAAGGAUUCAUUUCAUCGAUUUGAUAAAUUUAAUCUUAAAUAUAAUCCGAUUGGUGAAUCUCGUCUAAGAGAAAUUUUCUUAAAGACUGACAACUAUAUUUCUGGUCGUUAUUUUGCCGAAUUAACUAAAGAGGUGAUAUCUGAUUUGGAAGCUAGCAAAUAUCAGAUGGCUGAAUACAGGGUCUCGAUAUAUGGGCGCUCUAAAUCCGAAUGGGAUAAAUUAGCUACAUGGAUAGUGAACAAUAAGAUAGUUUCGCCCAAUGUACGUUGGUUAGUACAGAUUCCUAGAUUAUACAAUGUUUACGCAAGUAAUAAAACGGUAAAAAAUUUUGAAGAUGUAAUCAAAAAUAUCUUUGAGCCAUUAUAUGAGGUGACCCGAGACCCCCGCUCGCAUCCUGAAUUACACGUAUUUCUUCAACGUGUUGUUGGUUUUGAUAGUGUGGAUGAUGAGUCAAAAGCAGAAAGACGUGUUCACAAGAAAUAUCCAUUUCCUAAAGAUUGGGAUACUGUAUUGAAUCCACCAUAUUCGUAUUAUAUAUAUUAUAUGUAUGCUAAUAUGACGAGCUUAAAUCAAUGGAGAAAAGUUCGAGGAUUUAAUACAUUUGUUCUUCGACCUCAUGCCGGAGAAGCUGGUGAUACUGAUCAUUUGACUUCUGCUUUUCUUACUUCUCAGUCCAUCUCUCAUGGAAUUCUAUUAAGAAAAGUACCUGCGCUUCAAUAUCUUUAUUACCUGAAACAAAUGGGAAUUGCAAUGUCUCCUUUAUCCAAUAAUGCUCUAUUUUUGAAUUACGAAAGAAAUCCAUUUUUGAGCUUCUUUCAAAAAGGACUAAAUAUCAGUUUAAGUACGGAUGAUCCAUUGCAAUUCCAUUUUACUAAAGAGCCGCUGAUUGAAGAGUAUAGUGUUGCCGCUCAGAUAUGGAAAUUGUCUGCGGUAGACAUGUGCGAACUCGCGCGUAAUUCUGUAAUUCAAAGUGGAUUCGAAAUGAGCGUUAGAAACCACUGGUUAGGAAAUCAAUGGUUUCUUCCCGGCGUUGAUUCCCAUGGCAUUCAUAAGACUAACGUUCCCACAGUUCGUUUGAAUUAUCGUUAUAAUACUCUUAUGGAGGAAAUUCAUAUGGUGAGAAAGUAUUCAACACUUAAAACAGCCAAUGAUUCCUUUGAGCGUAGCACGGUUCAGCAAUUAAUAUUGGAUGGUAAAAGUACUGGAGAAAGUCAAGUUG